GUUGGUACAGACCUGUCUAUGUACUCCACGGAAAACAACCACUCAGUCUCCUGGAAAUUCGCUGCGCCGCGCGACAGCAACACGAAAUAAAGUGACAUUUUCUACCUCAGCUCUCGAAGAAUGGCAGGGAACUUCUGGCAGAGCUCACAUUAUCUCCAGUGGGUCCUGGACAAACAGGACUUGAUGAAGGAACGCCAGAAGGAUCUGAAAUUCCUAACAGAGGAAGAGUAUUGGAAACUACAGAUCUUCUUUGCUAAUGUGAUCCAGGCCCUUGGAGAACACCUGAAGCUCAGGCAACAAGUCAUUGCAACAGCAACAGUUUAUUUCAAAAGAUUUUAUGCCAGAUACUCCCUCAAGAGUAUCGAUCCUGUCCUCAUGGCCCCUACUUGUGUGUUCCUCGCCUCAAAGGUGGAGGAAUUUGGAGUUGUAUCUAACACUCGGCUGAUCUCGGCAGCUACGUCUGUGUUAAAAACUAGGUUUUCCUAUGCCUUCCCUAAGGAGUUUCCCUACAGAAUGAACCAUAUACUGGAGUGUGAAUUCUAUCUCUUAGAGCUCAUGGACUGCUGUCUGAUUGUAUACCACCCCUAUAGACCGCUGCUCCAGUAUGUGCAGGACAUGGGUCAGGAGGAUAUGCUCUUGCCUUUGGCAUGGAGAAUUGUGAACGACACAUACAGAACAGAUCUUUGUCUGCUUUAUCCACCUUUUAUGAUUGCACUAGCCUGUCUGCAUGUAGCCUGUGUUGUACAGCAGAAAGAUGCAAGGCAGUGGUUUGCUGAGCUCUCUGUGGACAUGGAAAAGAUCCUGGAGAUCAUUAGAGUCAUCCUAAAGCUAUAUGACCAAUGGAAGAACUUUGAUGACAGAAAAGAGAUGGCUGCUAUCAUUAACAAAAUGCCCAAGCCCAAACCGCCACCCAACAGUGAAAAUGACCAGGGAUCCAACGGGAGCCAGAACUCAUCUUACAGCCAGUCGUAGGCAAUGUGGGAUUCUGCCGGCUGAAACACCAGAAGCGACGCUUAUCCAUGACAGCAGAGGACCGAGGGACCCAGGGGGUUGUUCUUCAUUGAUACUCACUUAUGUGCACGGUUCCUAUAUGUUGUGUGUUGCCCAGUUCCAGCUGUCCCACAUCAAAGGAGAGGAAAACUGAUGAACGUUGGAAUAACCCAAAUGAAACAUUGUAAAUGUUCUGGCAAGCUUUGGUGGUUGGGGGGAACUUACUUGAUUAGGAUGAUCCUCACAUCCUUUAAAUAGCCCACCGGGCACUUCUGCCAUUUGUACGUAUGUGUGCAUGUGUGAGAGCAUGUGAUGGAGCCACUCUGCCAUCAGAGAGACCGCAACAGGCCAUCCGUGUGGCAGAGCCACACCUCAGGGAGAGAUGCAGUCUUGCCCACGGCCUUGCAUCAUCGUCAGCUGAUUGGACCCCUUCCUUGGGUGGUCUGGUGUUCUCGUCCACAUGGAUUUCUAGAGUACAUAUUUGUUUUAAACAUUUAUUUACUGUUGCAAAUGUUUUUUCCCGCUUCCCUCUGUAAGUGUCAGAUUCUGAUAUUCCGUUAGUCCUUUUUUGUCUUCAGAGUACUAAGCUGUCAGAAUGACCUGUCGAUACACAGAUUAAGAAACAGGAAAAAGACCUGCUGCACUCUGAAAUCUUGUGUUCUUUCAAAUUUCAGCACUCUACAGGAGCUUUUGUUUGUUUUGUUUUAAAUGAUAAAUACUGUAACAGAAACUCAGUAAUGAGACUCAUAGAUAAUCACAUCUGCUAGUCAGGGAAAAGGGGAGAUAAUGUGAGAAGAAAUGGAGCAGUCUGAAUGUGACCGCUGAGUCUCUGCCCAUCCCUCCAACUGAGUCUGGUGAGAAAUGGCAGAGACCCACUGUUUGUAAUGGGCUGCCUCUGCCCUUUCCUUCCAAUGUGCUUGCAUUCAGCACCCGUUGCUGGAUUGCAGCUGGAUCGAAACCGAUCCUGUGUAGCAAUGUGAGAAUACAUUACGUGUUCUGUUUUCAUAGAUGUGCAAAUCUAAAAGGCUUUGUGUUGGUAAGAGGGGGACUUUGUGGUGUGAUUCCAAAGCAUAGUGUCCUUCAUGACAAACCACUUGAAGGGCAAGGGUCCAACCACGUAGUGCUGCUUAUACCUGCCUAUAUAAAUGAUUAAUUGUUUUUGUUUGUGUACACUUGUAUAUUUUAUGUGAGAUAAAUGUGAAAGUUGGUUAAGAAUUCAGUUUCUUUACCUUUUUGUGGUGAAAAUGGUGCUUGACUGCCUUAAAGAAAUAAAAUGCUGAUUUUAAAAUGCAAAAAUAGGAAUAAAAAUACACAAAAGGUGACCUGUGAUCCUGUGUACUGCACGUGAGUUGCAGGCACAGUGGUAACUGGCAGGAACCUUGAGAGGAAGUGGCACACAAAAUUAGUAUUUUUUUGGAAUUGUGAAAUUAACCCAUUUUUAAUGCCAAUCUGUUUGUCGGCUUAUGCUCCUUAAAGAUGAAUGUACUUGGACGAUUAACCACUCAUUCCCAUGCUUUAAUUUGCAAUGUGCCCUUGUUCCAAGUGCCAGUGACAUGAAUUUCAGAAUUAGAUAUUUUUCCUGUUCAUUUACAGUAAUAAAAUUAAUAUUGU